AUGGGAUCCGUAGUCCUUCCCCAUCUGCCCUCAGGCUGGCACGUUGACCAAGCAAUCCUUUCAGAGGAAGACCGCCUGGUCGUCAUCCGUUUUGGACGUGAUCAUGACUCAGACUGCAUGCGGCAAGACGAGGUGCUUUACAAGAUAGCCGACCGCGUCAAGAACUUCGCCGCCAUCUAUCUCUGCGACAUCGACAAGGUCCCCGAUUUCAACACCAUGUACGAGCUGUACGAUCCCUGCACAAUCAUGUUCUUCUUCCGCAACAAACACAUCAUGUGCGAUUUCGGCACCGGAAACAACAACAAAUUGAACUGGGUGCUGGAUGACAAGCAAGAGCUCAUCGACAUCCUCGAGACAGUGUUCCGGGGCGCCAAGAAGGGGAGAGGUCUGGUGGUCAGUCCGAAGGAUUAUAGCACGAGACACCGUUAUUGA